CUGGUGUAGGUGGGAAAAACACUGCUGCUCUGAACGAGGUCCUCAGCACUGCUGCUACAAUUUUCCUCUUUAAAAUACAAAGAUUUCAGUGAGUAUGUCAGGCAAGACAGAGAUGGUGGUGCUGGUGACUGGAGGCUCCGGCGGGGUCGGUCAUGCCAUACAAACUAUUGUGCAACAAAAUAAAUGUACUGAUGAAAAGUGGAUUUUCCUCAGCUCCAAAGAUGCUGAUCUAUCGAUUGAAGCUGAAACUCGUGCAGUUUUUGAGAAGUACCGACCAACUCACGUCAUCCAUCUUGCUGCUAUGGUUGGAGGACUCUACAGAAAUCUGAAGUACAGUUGUGACUUCCUGAUUCAUGAUGGACCUCCUCAUUAUUCCAACUACGGCUACAGCAUGGCCAAACGUAUGAUCGAUGUCAUGAAUCAUUGCUACCAUAGACAAUAUGGUUGCAAUUAUACUGCAGUUAUUCCCACAAACUUGUAUGGACCCUAUGAUAACUUCAACCUGGAAGACGGACAUGUUUUACCUGGGCUGAUAAAUAAGGUGUACACAGCCAAAAAGAACGGGACACCUGUGACUGUCUGGGGGACAGGAAGACCUCUGAGACAGUUUGUGCACUUUCUGGACUUGGCAAAGCUGAUAAUAUGGACUCUGCGAGAAUAUAAGGAAAUAAGUCCCAUUCUACUCUCAGUUGAUGAAGAAGAUGAGAUAACAAUUAAGGAACUCGCUGAGAUGGUUGUUGAAGCUUUUGACUUCAAGGGAGAAGUGAUAUACGACACUUCGAAGAGUGACGGACAGUUCAAGAAGACUGCUAGUAAUGACAAGUUGAAGAAAUAUUUACCUGACUUUGAGUUUACUCCAAUAAGACAAGGUAUAAAAGAGACAGUGGAUUGGUUCAUCAAGAACUAUGAGACAGCAAGGAAAUAAAAGGUUCCUCACAGGUAAACUUAUAAAACACUAACAGUAACAUUGCUCCUGUAACUGUACGUACAUGACUGUACGUACAUGACUGUACGUACAUGACACAACACUCCAUAUAUAAUUGUCACCUAUAUUUACGCACCAUUUUGGUUGAGUCGACUUUUAAAAUACUUUUUCACCAAUAUAAUGUUUGACAAUGUGAGUAUAGACUCUUGCACUGCAGUGUUCCAUUACUUAUGUUCACUUGCAAUCAAUUUGACCUAGAUUUUUCGUAUUACUUCGUGGAAGAACAUACAACAGGUGAACAACAUCCAACAUGACUGAGAAAGGUUGUUUUCAUGUUGUACAUAUACUGUGAAUGUAGAGUCACGGACACAAUAUAUAUAUGGAAUCAGCCAGUAGUGAUUAGUUGAGGUAAUAAUCUCAGUGAAAUAACAGUAGUGAAGAUGUUAAAGAAAACUGUUAAAAAUAAAAUUGAAACAGUAGGCCUACGUCACUGUGUUUGUUGUGAAGAUUGUUGAAGUAUGAACCAAUGACCCGGGAUGGGGGGGGUGUGAACUCAUGGCAAGGGAGUCGUAAAACUCGAGGCCAGUGCGUAAAUCACUGGGCCUACACACUGGCCUCGAGUUUUACAACUCACUCGCCAUGGGUUCAAGCCCCACCCGUUAACUGUUUUGUUUGUAAUCGUUUUAUUACGAUUUGAUGAGUCAGUACUGAUGCUCAUCCGGGUUAUAAGAGAAAUUAAUGGUGUAUCACAGCGUUUAUUUUUAUGUUUUAUAUCUAUAAUAAUGCAACACGUUUUAUUAUAUAAAAAUUCUUUUAACAAUGAUCAUUAUUUUAUGAAUAAAAAAUGUUGGUAUUGCAAUUAUUUUGGUGGAUUGAUUUUGUUGCAGACUGAUGGUACACUUAUGUUAAUGUAGUGGGUUUAACAUAAUAAAGUAAUUUACUGA